AUGCAGCACAACGACCGUGACGACGACGCGCGCCUGCGCACCGCCAAGCAGCGCACCGCUGCCCUCGAGGCCCAGCUGGCCGACCUGACGGCCCACCGCGACGACCUCCUCCAGAAACUCACGACCAUCCCCUCCGUCGCUGCCACGCUCCCCCAAUCCGACGCUUCUACGUCUACUCCUGCCGCCGAGGCUGGCAUCCAGGCCGCAAAAGACAUCAUCAAGGAGCACAUCCGUCUUCUGCAUGACUACAACGAAAUCCGUGACGUAGGUCAGGGCCUCAUGGGGAUCAUUGCGGAGUCGCGAGGCGUGAGGAUCAAGGAGGUCCAGGAUGAGUUUGGCAUGACCCCCAAAGACUGA